UUCAAGUUAAAAUUCAAGAUUUCCACACAAACUUGAUGGUUAUACGAGAAAGAUAGUGAAUAUCUUUUGCCAUUACCAUAUUCAUGCAAUUACAUAUUCUUUUAAUUAGUACAACAUCCAAUAGUAAGAGAAGUAGUCUAAUCAAUCUAUAGGCAAGUUUAUAGGGAAGAUACUGAUUUCUUCCCCAAUUAUCUUUUAGCUUUUCCUAUUUAUUCCGUCCACGUCCAAUCAGACUAUGUCAUUUUAAUUGCUUUUUGAUGAAUUAAUUAUUGUUGGAACUUGGCAUGGUUGUGUGUUUUAGAAUCGUCUUUUCUAUUUCUUCUUGACUAGGUUCGACACUUGAGUAGUGAUUUUGUACGCGAGCUUGUUACAAAUCUUGUGAGUUCUACUUUCAUAGAACUAUAUCGUGAACUUUUUCAGACCCUUAGUAUCACUUGCAUCGGGGAGAUGUUGUCCGUGCAUUCUAAAUUCCCAUUUAUUCUAGUUCAAUUCUACUUCACUAUUCUCUUUAUCACUGCUCAUUCCUUCUCACAUGAAGCUUUUUGUGGUGAGAAAUGUGGGAAUUUUCACAUACCAUUUCCAUUCUACAUGAAUCAAUCUAUGUGUAAUUCAUCACUCUCAGAUGAUUUUCGUCUUUCGUGCAUCAACUCAACCUCACCUUUCCUCAACAUUGGUUCUCAAAGCUAUCGAAUUCUCCACUUCUUCUCUGAUGGAGUGCUUGUGGACUUCCCAAACACAACUUAUUGUCGUCAGUACAACGACUUAAAGUCGUUUGGAUUCAAUGGAAAUGACUACUUUGGUAUAUCUCGAGAUAAUAUCUUAGGAUUGUAUGACUGUGAGGAUUCAUCCUUGUGUAAACCAGAUUGCGAGAAAAGCAUAAUGCCUCAUUGUGAUGGAUCCCCGGGUAGAAACAGCUAUCCUCCGUGUUGCUAUCCGUUAUCUGAUAGGAGUGCUUGGAGUGCAGAUCAGAGAGAUGGUUUCUCUGUUUUUUCACAGUUUGGAUGCAGGGGAUUCUCAUCUUGGGUUGACAUAUCUGGCAAUCAAAUAGGAAAACGCGGUGUUAAGUUGGAGUGGGCUGUUCCAGGGAAUUCAACCACAGCUACUUGUGCUGCCAAUGCAGAUAUCAUCAAUGCCACAACUGUUGCUUCCGGGAUUAGAUGUGAAUGCCAAGAUGGAUAUGUAGGUGAUGGUUUUGCUGUUGGAGUAGGCUGCCUCAAAUCUUGCAUCAAAGAAGGAAAGGAAGCAUAUGGCAAAGCAUGUUACUCAACUAGUCAUAGCAGAAGGAAAACAAAAAUUCUAGCUGGAGUUGUCACUUCAGCACUCACCAUUACCUCCUUGACAGCACUUUUCUGUGUUUUAAGACGGCCUAUGAAGACGGACAUAUUUGAUCAUCCUAGUAUGAGACGGAGUCAGGGUAACGUCUCGUUCCAGAAACCUUGUACAAUUCGAAUGUUUACUUACCAUGAGCUAGAACAGGCCACAAAAGGUUUUCAAGAUGCGCAAAUACUUAUUGAUCAUGGUGGUGGGAAAGCUACAUUAUAUUCUGGAGCUCUAAUGGAUGGAUCAAGAAUUGCUGUGCACAGACUCCAAUGUGAUAGUGAACGAGAACUCGUUGAGGUCUUGUCACGAGUGGAGGCAUUACAUGCUGUUUCACACAAGAAUAUUCCACACAUUCUUGGAUGGUCUGUAGAUUCUGGAUACACGCCGCUAGUGGUGUAUGAGUAUCCUGUUAAUGGAACGCUUGGAGAACAUCUUUUUCAAACUAAAGAUGAGACUAAACGAGGCCUUGAUUGGCACCACAGAACAAACAUUGUUGCUGAAACAGCAAAUGUUCUUGCAUUCCUGCAGUCUGAGAUAUGUCCCCCCAUCGUACAUCAUGAACUCAACGCCAGUUGCAUCUUCCUAGAUGAGGACAUGACCGUUAAACUUUUUGGGCUGGAGCUCCCCACAAACGACAAAAAGCAUAGCGAUGUUUACAACUUGGGUUUGGUUCUUUUGGAGGUUAUUACUGGUAGCAGCUCAGAUCAUGUUCCAUCAAAGACAGCUUUACAGAAGAUAACAAGUGGGAAAGUAGAAGAGAUAGUUGAUCCACGUCUUUACUAUCACGAGCAGCCUAUUUUGAGGAGGGAACAGAUAGAGAUAGUUGCAGACCUUGCAACAAGAUGCAUAAUAUUUGGUUGCCAAAAUGGGAAAUUUCACAUGGGAGAUGUUUCAAGAGAACUUGUUCACAUAACAAAAGAUGGAAUUGAUGGUAGAAGUAGGAGAUGUCCAUCAACUAAUAAUCUUGAAGAAACUUUUUCAAAUUCAAGCCUUCUUCAGAUGAUAUCUAUGUCUCCUGAUUCAAUACAUGUCCCUGCAGCCAGAGGGUUCUCUUAAGCUAUAUAGGUUCACAUCAAAAUACAAGCUGUACAGUAGUGACCUGCUGCUUUUAUUUUUUGUUUCAAUAAACUUGAACAAUAUCCUCAUACUAUUGCA